AAAGAGAAAGAGAGAAGACAAGCACAUCGUCAUCAGAUUCAUCACUCACUCUUUAGAUUUUGCACUUCACGAACCCAACCAACCAACCCGCUUCAACUCAACUCAGUCAGCAACUCAGGGGGAAAAAAAUGUGCCUUUCCGCCCAAAACCCGCCGAGAAAUGCCCAAUUUCUGCUCAACAUUAAACCCUAACCACCGCAACCAUCUCCCGCCCAACUGUCCCAAACCGCCGCGAUCGCCAUCUCCGUCGGAGGCCGUGAGAGCAGAGAAGGGCAAAUGGCUGCUAACUCCAGAUCCUCCGGGGCAAUAACCAUGUCCCACCGCAACAAUCCCGCGCCAUCGCCGCUCCCUCUAGUGGUCACUCUCAACUGCAUCGACGAUUGCGCCAUUGAGCAGGACUCCCUCUCCGGGGUCGCCACCGUCGAGCACGUCCCGCUCAGCCGCCUGGCCGAUGGCAAGAUCGAAUCGGCCUCCGCCGUCCUCCUCCAUUCCCUGGCUUACUUGCCGCGAGCGGCUCAGCGGCGUCUCCGCCCCUACCAGCUCGUCCUCUGCCUUGGCUCCGCUGACCGCGCCGUGGACUCUGCUCUUGCCGCCGACCUAGGGCUCCGCCUCGUCCACGUGGACACCUCCCGGGCCGAGGAGAUCGCGGACUCUGUGAUGGCUCUGUUCCUCGGAUUGCUCCGCCGGACUCACUUGCUUUCUCGCCAUGCCUUGUCUGCUUCGGGUUGGCUGGGGUCCGUACAGCCGCUUUGUAGAGGUAUGAGGAGGUGCAGAGGGCUUGUUUUGGGGAUCGUCGGUAGAUCUGCGUCUGCAAGAGCUCUGGCCAGUCGGAGCUUGGCGUUCAAGAUGAGCGUUCUUUAUUUCGAUGUUUACCAGGGGAAUGGACAAGUCAGUAGGUCUCCUAUCAGCUUUCCGUCAGCUGCUCGAAGAAUGGAUACUCUUAAUGAUUUGCUAGCCGCUAGUGACCUUAUCUCUCUUCAUUGUGCUUUGACAAAUGAGACAGUUCAGAUAAUGAAUGCAGAGUGUUUGCAGCAUGUAAAGCCUGAUUAUAAGGUUGUCUUUUUGUUGGAUACAGGGGCAUUUCUUGUGAAUACAGGCAGCAGUCAGCUACUGGAUGACUGUGCUUUGAAGCAGCUUCUGAUCGAUGGGACAUUAGCUGGGUGUGCUUUGGAUGGUUAUGAAGGACCACAGUGGAUGGAAGCAUGGGUAAAAGAGAUGCCCAACGUAUUGAUACUUCCUCGCAGUGCAGAUUACAGUGAAGAAGUGUGGAUGGAGAUACGGGAGAAAACAAUUUCUAUAUUGCAGUCGUUUUUCUUUGAUGGAGUUAUUCCAAAGGAUGCAACCUCUGAUGUUGAAGAGGAGGAUGCAAGUGAAUUAGGUGGCGAAGACAGUGAAAUGUUCCACAAAGAAGAUGGAGAAAGUUCUGUGCGUAUGACUGAUGAAGUUAAGUUGAGUCCAGAUAGUGGCCAUAAAAGAGCUGUAGAUCAUCAGUCAACCGAAUCUCCUGUUCUAGCUCAGGUUUCCGGCUUGUCGUCUCAAAAUACAAACACAAGGUCUGAAGGGAGGCGCAGCAGAUCAGGUAAAAAGGCUAAAAAGAGACAUGGCCGCGCAAAGGCACAGCAGAAGUCAAGUGAUCCAUCCCAAUUGGAGAAAGAAAGUACUUCACAUCAAGAAGAUGAUACCGCACUGAGUGGCACCGACCAAGUGCUGAGUUCUGGGUCACGUUUUGCUUCACCUGAAGACUCCAGAAGCAGGAAAACACCUAUAGAGGCUACCAUACAAGAGCCCUCUUCUUCUGAUCAGUUUUUAAGCUCAAGCAGGCAGCAGGGCAAUGUUAGGUCAUGUGAGCUGCUGAAAGAUGGAUGUGUUAUAGCUCUAUACGCAAGAGACAGACCAGCACUCCAUGUGUCUAGGCAAAGAGUUAAAGGAGGAGGUUGGUUUUUGGAUGCCAUGUCAUCUGUCACCAAAAGAGAUCCUGCUGCGCAGUUCCUUGUUGUUUACAGAAACAAGGACACAAUGGGGUUGCGAUCUUUUGCUGCAGGCGGAAAGCUGUUGCAGAUAAACAGAAGGAUGGAGUUUGUAUUUGCAAGUCAUAGCUUUGAUGUCUGGGAGAGUUGGAUGAUGGAAGGAUCAUUGGAAGAAUGUAGGCUGGUUAACUGUAGAAAUCCUUUGGCUGUUUUGGAUGUACGUGUUGAGAUUCUUGCAGCCGUAGGAGAAGAAGAUGGAGUUACUCGCUGGCUAGAUUAGGCCAUAAACAACAGAGUUGAGUACUCUUGUCAAACUUCAUUCUGCAAAUUUUGGUUUUUAACACGCAUCUGUAGUUGGUCGGAAACAUUUGUGUAAAUCAAUUUCUCCCUAUCUUCUUCCGUGUUGACAUGUGCUGCUUUUUAGUCAGUCUCCCUAUCUUCUUGCCUUUACUACCUUUUUCAUUUUCUUGUUGGGAUUGUGUUGUCCUUGUUUUUUUGACAUGUCAACAGUAUUUGUAUGGACUUGAUGAUGAUUUGGGUUUUGCUUUGUGAUCUCUUGAUGAAUUUGGGAUUGUGUUGAGAUCUUGCUCUGAUAUCAUGUAA